AAGUCAACCAACGUGUUAAAGGGAUAGGAUACAAAUAUGUGGUGCAGAAAAAGAAUAAGAAUAGAAAUUAUACUUAAUGCAGAAAACCUAACUUGUACUAUUGAUUUUGCAUAGAACUUAUGAUAAUUUAUUAUUAGUACCUGAGUUCAGAAUGGUGGCAUUAAAUUAUUUGUUAGUUUUCUUGUUUUUCUAUCAGUUGCUUACCUUUCAUUCAGCUCAAGCUCAAAAUCAAACCCAAGAUAGCUGCCCUGGGGAAUUUCAGUGCGGGAAGCUUAGAAAUGUGAGUUUCCCUUUCUCUGUAUCCUCACAACCUGCUUGUGGAUUGUAUACCAUAGAUUGCAAUGCUACUCCGAAUCCAGAAUUUCUUUUGGGAGGAAAUGUUUAUAGUGUUCUGGAACAACGGUCGUUAGAUAGUUUUCGAGUUUUAGACCGUAGGCUUGAUGACUUAUUGGCAGAUAAAAGGUGCCACUCUUUUGAUCGAAAUAUAUCGGUUCCACAUACUCCUUCUGUCUUGUUUAGAAUCAUUGAACCCAGACUUACCUUGUUCAGAUGCAACAACAGUCUAGUCAUCAACAGGAGCACGAAUGAUCAAUAUUUACGCGGCUAUCAGAACUAUACUAAAUGUAGUGGCUUCAACAUAUACUACAAGUAUCCGAGUAGCGAACAGGAAGAUUCCUGGAAUGCACCAGAGGACCGUAUUCCAGAUAACUGUUCACUGAUUCAUUUGCCAAUUACAUGGAAGGGACGGUCUCAAAAUAGUAGCUUGUUUGAUAGCUUAACUGCCGAUUUUACAAUUCGGUGGAGCUUGUCUGAUGAUUGUAGUAAAUGCUACUAUCAAGGAAGUCGAUGUUUAACUGACAGCAACAACAAAUUUCUUUGUUCCUCUAAUCCCACAGCAAAAAGAACAUUAAGACAAAUACUAGUUAUAGUUACUUCAUCUAUUGGAGGAAUUGCAGUGCUAGUAGUACUACUCUUGUACUUCAGAAAAAAAGGCUGCCUUAAUUCCAUAACAAGAACAGAAGAUUACAGAAAUGUGAAAGCCUUCUUGAAGAACCACGGAUCACUCGCUCAAAGGAGGUACAGUUAUUCUGAAAUCAAAAAGAUGACAAAGUGUUUAAAUAAUAAACUUGGUGAAGGAGGCUAUGGUUGUGUGUACAAGGGAAAGUUGAACAACGGAAGUCUUGUGGCAGUCAAAGUCUUGAAGGAAUCGAAGGGCGGGGGAGAAGAGUUUAUCAAUGAGGUGGCAAGUAUCAGCAGGACAUCUCACAUUAAUAUUGUAUCACUUGUUGGAUUUUGUUUUGAGGGUAAAAAUAGAGCUCUCCUCUAUGAUUUCAUGCCCAAUGGAUCCCUUGAGAAGUUCAUUUACGAUGCCAAAUCCGGGACAAAUCGUCAACUAGAAUGGCAUAAAUUGUACGAUAUUUCUCUUGGCAUUGCUAGAGGAUUGGAGUAUCUGCAUCGCGGUUGCAAUACUAGAAUCCUGCAUUUCGAUAUAAAGCCUCACAACAUUCUUCUCGAUGCAGACUUUUGUCCAAAAAUAUCCGAUUUUGGCCUUGCAAAACUGUGUAACAAGAAGGAAAGCAUCGUAUCUUUAUUGGGCGCAAGAGGAACUAUUGGGUAUAUUGCACCAGAAAUUGUGUAUAACAAUAUUGGAGGAGUUUCUCACAAGUCAGAUGUGUAUAGCUAUGGUAUGAUGGUCCUCGAGAUGGUUGGAGGAAGGAAAAAUGUUGACGUUGUUGUUGACCAUACUAGUGAAAUAUACUUUCCACACUGGAUUUACAAACAAAUUGAACAAAAGGAAGAGCUUGCAUUAACUGGCAUUGCGAAAGAAGACGAUAAAAAACUUGCAGAAAAGAUGAUAUUGGUGAGCCUAUGGUGCAUCCAAACUGAUCCAGCCAGCAGGCCGUCUAUCAGUAUGGUGGUAGAGAUGUUACAAGGUGAACUCAAAUCUUUGCAAAUGCCUCCCAAACCUUUCUUGUAUUCUUCUUCUUCACGAUCAGACAAUGACAUGCCUACUACUACCUAUAUGGUUUAGAACUCAAAAGAUCAAGUUUGAUGAUCUAGACUUGUCAAAUCUUGGCAGAUAUUAUGUAUGUAUAAUUUUGGAUUAAUCAAGAUAUUAUAUAACCCUACUUUUGGUAAAUUAGAUUAUUCCUAUUAUAGAGCA